AUGCCUUCCUCUGACGAAAGCAAUUCCCCUGAAAAAGUCAAUUCCUCUGACAAAAGUCAUCAAAUUGAUAACCCAUAUCAAAUUGCAAUUAAUCUAGAUGGAACAUUUGUCGUUACAUUUGACACAGUGAACCUUAAUGUUAAAAUUUUAAAAAAUACCGAUUAUCGUCCAUCAAUCAUCGAGAGUAAGGAUAUUGGGACGAGCACCCAAAAUAGUCAGGAUAAACUUAAUGAAGUAAUUGCCCAUUUUAAAAUUAAUAAAGACUUAGAUAUCGUAAAUAGCUUGGAUAAAGACUAUAAAGAAUCUCCAACCGCUUCAAAUGAAAACAACAAAGUUUCAGAAGAUGGCUCUCAAUUAUGGAUAUUGGAUAUAUCAAAUAUACAACAAGAUAACAAUGAAAAAGUUAUAUUCGUUGCAAUAUCACACAUAAAUGAAGAAGAAAAUAGUAAGAAAAAGGAUGAAGGAAAGCGAUCGAUUAAUUAUAUGGAAAAUCAUGUGAAAAUGGUAAUUUUUGCAAGUUCUAAUACAGUAGUGCCUGUAAAUGAGACUGAAAAUUAUGGAACAGCCAUUUAUCGGAUUCCAAAAUUUAUAGAGGAUUUUGACCCAGAAGGUUCUGCAAAUAAUGACGCUGUUUUGCAGAGAUUUUUAAUACUAAACUGUGAGGGAAUAUAUAAUUUCCGUUAUAAUAAAAAUAGAAAAAAUAACAAAUUUAUCUUGGAUGAAAGUUUUGAAUAUCCAAAAAGCAUCGCGUUUGAAUUAGAAAACACUAAAUUAAAAAGUGAACGGAUGGAGGUACUCUUCACUUCUAUUUGUGAUAAAUAUUUGUUGGUUGAACAAUACAAAAAUGAUAUGCAGGCACUCGAAGUUUAUAAUCUGGUUGAAAUGGAAUUAGAAAUUACGUCAAAUAGGGUCGAGACCGAACAUGUUCAGCUGAAAGAGUAUCAUAAAAAUCAUUUUUUAAUCAGUGGACAAAAAUUACAAUUUUGUUUCACUAAAGGUCAUUAUUCUGUUAGUUUAUACUUAAUGGAAAAUGGUUUAGAAAUCUUGGAAAAAAAAUUCAACGAUUUAAUUGAUAGAAUAUAUUCAAUGGAAUUCAUUGAUAAUGAUAAGAAAUUGCUUAUAAUUGGCAGAUGUAUUAAAGCUAAGCACCUCAAGGUUAUCGUAUGGGAUAUGUACAAUACUGGCGAAUCUAUACCGAUAGAUGAAUUUUCUGAUUCUUUUACGGAGGAAGGUAUUGAUAAUUGGUUAGCUAAAACUUCGGGAAAUGUCUUGCGUGUAGAUGAUAAAGGGAAUGUUACUUCAAUUCUCAAAAAAUUAGACGUAAAGUAUCAAAAGUAUCUGAAGGAAAAAAGCGAGAAAGUUGAAUAUGCAUCAAUAGAUUUAAAAAAAGAACCUUCAAAAGAACAUAUCUUGUAUCCUUAUGAAAAUAAAGAAAUAGAGUCAAUUGUUUAUGAUAAAGAACCAUGGAUGUUGAAGGGUUAUACAACUACUUCUUUUUUUCUUUUCCAUAAUGAAUAUGAAACUUUACAACUUUUAGUAGGAAGCUCAACAGUUCAAGUUUGGCAUCAAAUCCAUAAAUGUAAAGGUCAGACCUUGCCUAACAAAGGGGUACCGUUCCUAGAAUAUAUAUGGACUAAUGGUAUUCCCGUAGAUCAAGAAUAUUUUGAUAAAGAUAAUAAAAAAGUAUUAAAGAUUGAAAAAAUUAAAGUUGGAAAGAAACGUUUCUAUAUGGAAGUUUCUUGGUAUGAGACUGAAGAUGGGAAAGAGAUAUUUAAAAAAAAAACAAUUCAAUGGCAAGGUAAUGAUGAACAAAUCAAUGCAAUAAGAUACGCAUGCAAAGCAUUGGAACAUUUAAACAAACGAGUACGAUGUCUUACAAAUUAUUGUAAAAAAUACAAUUAUGAGGAAAUGGUUAAAUAUAUUAAACAUAUAAUCUGGAGAUUUAUUCGUCACAGACCCAAUGAAUACAAAAUGUUAGAUGUUCGACAUAAUGUUAUGAAAAACUUAAUCCUCGGUGAUUGUAAUGAUUUAAUUUAUUAUAUUUUGUUUGGCGAAAAAAAUGAUGGCAUAAAUGGAAAUAGAAAGGUCAAUCCUAUACCAAGAAACAAAUUAUGGAAGAAGAGAAGUUUUGUAAAAGAUGACGAUCUUGAUCAAUUUGAUCCCAAGAACAUUAAGAGAGUUAUUAAUCCUUUGGAUAUGAAAGACAGGGAUCUAAAAAAUGACCUUGAAUUAGCAAUUCAUCAUUGCAAAGAACGUGAAUUCAAAGAUACCGUUAUUGUUGCAUAUCUUUUGGAAUAUUAUUCAACAAAUGCAAUAAAAUCUGUGGGUUGGAUGUGCACCGUUUCUAAGGCUCUCCCUCUCUUAUAUAAGUAUGACUAUGAUGAAUAUGCUAAAAGAUUAUUUCGCAAAAGAUGUUUUGCAGACCAGAAUUAUUUUUCAGCACAUGAACAUUUUGAUAUUAUCCCGGAAAAUUAUCUGAACGAAGCUAAUGAUGAUAAUAAAUUUGUAGCAUUCCGACCCAGAGAUAGAUUAAGGUCCGAUAAGGUUACAUUUUUGUACAAUUGGCCACAGACUCGAAAUUUUUUUAAUUAUUGCAAAGAAAAAAUGAGCAAAGGUUAUAAGUUCUUUAAUGUUUUUCAUCACAAUCCACCGAUAGCUUUACGUGUGGUACCUCUUCCCGAUUAUACAAGACCUACAACAUAUAAGAAUCUUCGAGACAACAAUAAUUAUGAUUUUUGGAAAAAUAUUUGUACUCUUAUUUGGAUAUUAUUUAUUCCUCGAUGGUACAAAUUUAGCAGUGAGGAUACUCAAUCAUUAAGUCCCUUUGCAAGAGUUAUUAGACAUGAGCGUAAUGAUUCUAUGUACGAUAAUCCAGCUACAGAAGCAAUUAUAAAUUAUCGUUGGCAACAAGCAAGGAGAUUUUUUCUAUCACUCUUUUUUCGAUAUAUUCUUUAUUCCUUAAGUUUCAUGAUUGUUAGUUGGGCAUAUUUAGAUCAUAAAAAUAUAAAUGCAGGAGCUGUAAAAACUUUAUUUGUAUUAAUCAUUUUAUUUUAUUAUUUAGCACUUUACACGUUUGUUAAUGAAAUGAUACAAUUAUGGCAUCGUGGAAUUAAAAAAUAUUUCAGCGUCCUUUUCAACAUAUUUGAUUUAAUGUCAAUUCUUAUCCCUGUAACUGUAAUGAGUUUAAUUGUUAUUGAUUUUCGACUUUUUGAUGGUGGAUUUGUAAAUGUUGAGGUUGAUAGAAACAAAGUUGUUGGGAUAGCUACCUCAAUUUUCGUAAUUUGGAUUGAACUUGUUUUAUACCUCCGUUCAAUAUCAUGUAAGUUUUGUCUACUUAAAAAUCCGAAUAUUAUUCCAAACAAAGAAUCCACAUUUAGUGGAAAUUUUACCGAUCCAGGCACAAAUGAAAUAACAAAUAUUAGUCUUAAAGCUGAUUACAAUCCCGAUAACUCUGAUGAUAAUCCAUUUAAACAAUUUCAUACAUCACUUAUCGCUGCAUUUUUUUGGAGUAGUGGAGAUUUCGUUCAGCUAGAUUCAUUUGAUUUUUGGGCGGUUCAAGCGCUUACAGAACAAAAAGGUAGACAAGCUUUGUUAAGAUUUAGAGCAAAGCAAAUAGCAGAUUUUGAAGCAUUACAUCAUCCUCAUUUUUGGCCUCAUGAAGCGGAUCCAAAAUGUGUUUACUAUGUAGGACGUUCUAAAAAUUUUGAAGAAUGGAGGAAUAGUAUUGAUGAUAAGGAAAAAAUUUAUGAUGAAGAAAUUGAUUAUAAUGUUGGCUAUGCUGAUAAGUCCAAUAGUCCAAAUGACGGAGUUUUUAUAAGUCCAAUUGGUCCAAUAGCCAUCACUGAUCCUUGA